GAAAUGCUAAUAAUUAUGUACUAACUAUUCCAAUUUCUGGUCUGAAACUAGGUCUAAAAUUAAUAUUUCAUUUUUCAUUGUAAUUUUCAGAGAUCAAAUUUGUAUUUUAGAAACAGACCAUUGUAAUUAAAUUUUUCGGAUAGAUAUUAUUAUUAUUCGAAUUCUUUACAUUAACUUUUUCUUGAUCAUACUUUCGAAAACAUUUUAUUUGGUCAAACAUAAAAUAAUUUCGAAUAUACACUAUAGUUUUUAUGUUGCAUUCAUUUGGUUGGUCAGAGGGAAAUGCAUGAAGUGUUUGUAGGGUUAUUUAUUGAAGUAACCGUAAAUUGUAAUUAAAUAAUAUAUCGCAGUACAGCAUAAUAAGUAAUUCUACUUGCUGCUAUAUGAAUUGGUUUAUAAAUUGAAUGGACAUAACGUUGAUGAGAGAAAUGAUCUUAAAUAAAAUAAAAUUUCUAAUUUCAAAAUCAAAUCUAACGUAUUCAAGGAUAUCAUGCUACCGAAAUAUUUCAUGCCAGAAAAUGUAUUGCCAAAAAUAUAAUGACAAAUACACUGAGAUACAAAAACAACACAUAUUGGAUACAAUUAACUCUGAUUUGUCAACACUAUCAAGAUAUGACAUCACUAAGGGAAGAUCAAAAAAAAUUUUUCAAUGGAUAAAUUGCAAUGGGCCCAUAAAGAGUAUAUCAGAUGUUGAAAUUAUCGACAGUUUUUCAGAAAAACAUGCUCAAAAGUUAUUUGAUAGCAUAAUACAAGAGAAGGUGAAGCCUGUGGCGAUAGAGACAAAUGUAUUAAAGAAUAUUAAAGGGCGGGUCUUACAUCCUUCAUUAUCAGACGCUGUGAUACAGGCAGCAAAAUCCGUGUUAACCGUUUAUAUAAAUGUAAAUUCUGCUUCAUGGACUCUAAUAGACAAAGAUAGGUAUGAAGUUUUGGAUUGGCAGUACCAAGGAAUAGAACACCCCGAGAACAAGAAAUUUCAAUUGAGUGAUAUUUUGGAAAUUUCGUGGAAAAUAGUAAAUAAACUGCCGAAAGCCGACAUAUAUGUGAUGAAAGCUGAAUCAACGAGUCUCCGCGGGUCGGGCAGUGAUCCCAGCAACCCCAAAGUGCUUGCAGUUAAUUUACAAAAGUUCCAGAUGAUAUCAAUGAUAGUAGCACUGUUGUCUACUAGAGCGAAUGAUACAGAGGACUCAUGGAGUUCAGAUUCAUCGGACAAGUCUCAGAACAAACGUUUUAGGCCGAAUGUUUACUUCUUAAGAUCGUCUUUGCCAUUUAGAGUUUACGGCACCCUAAUUGGAAACGAACGCGUGGCUUCAGACCAAACCGUUGAAACGAUAAUACGAGACGCGAGAAGGACUACAGACUGCUCACAUGUCUAUCUGUCUGAUGAGCUGAAGUCUAUGUUCCUAUCACAGAUGGACCUGGAGAGAGAUAUGAUGGCGCAGUGCUUCCUGUUUGCGCUUACAUUUAUGGACCUCUGUGUGUAUAAAAAUAAGCAGAAAAUAGCUCAGUUGUUGGCGAGUAAGAAUGACACAUGAAUAUAAUUUUAAGGCUUAUAAAGUCUUUUAAUAUUUA